GGGUAACUAUUCACGAGUCGACACCACCCAUCCAUCUGUGAUCGAGACCCUCGCCGUAGCCCUGCUCCCCCAGUAUCACAUUUAGCCGGCCGUUCUUCUUUUGGUCUGUACCUGACGUUACAGUAUUCGCAAGGUGUCACUCCAUGUGGGACUCCAUCGCCCUACUUCAAGUCCCCUUACCCUUCUCAUCCACAAGAAGCCAAACCUCCGUCCCCAGAUUAUCUGUACUACCUACUGCUCCAUCCAUCGCCAGCCAUGAGACGACGCCUUCUCAUCGUCGUGCUCGCCGCUGCUGCCAGAGCCACUACCACGACCGACCUCAAGGCUCUCCAGGAGAAGCUGCCGCCGUGCUCACUGUCGUGUAUCGUCAAAGGCGUGGAACAAUUCGGUUGUGCGAUCACCGACCUAGAAUGUCAAUGCCGGAAUAUUGAGGCAUUGACCGCAGAGGUCUCGCCCUGUCUCGUUUCGGAUGGCUGCUCCUUUGAGGAGAUCACCGACACUGCUGCUGCUGUCGCUGGCAUCUGCGCCGAUAUCAUUGCCGCGGGCACAACUGCUCAAGCCACUCCCUCAACGAGCCAGACUGUCCCCGAAACGACAAGUGAGCCUGUCGGCACACCAACACCAGAUUCAGCUACAUCAUAUGGGGCUGGAAUAGUCGGCGUUGUGCUUCUUGCUGCCGCGGCGGCUCUGUAACGACAAGUGGUUGAAUUUGGAAAAGGAGGAAAAGUCGAGGCAAGGCGUCUAUGGGUUACUGGAAUAUACUGUAUUUGUGUCAUUUCGGUCCU